UCGCGGAGAGGACGGGAAGAUGGACCGCUUGGCGCCGCGCUUGCUGCUCCUCUGCCUUUUCUGGGGCGCCUGGGAACGCGUUCCAGGGGCCGAGACCGUCCGAAAGCGAGGACCCACCGUGACCGCUAAGGUAUUCUUUGAUAUACAGAUUGGUGACAGAAAUGCUGGCAGAAUUGUAAUCGGCUUGUUUGGGAAAGUAGUACCCAAGACGGCAGAAAACUUCAUUAAACUUGCAACUGGAGAGGUAAGAGCUUGGCUGGUUUGGUGCAGAAAGAGAGCGAGCCGGUUUGCCAAACCCCAAAAAUCCAAAUGUCAGUAUUUUGUAAAUAAAACUAGUAAUUGGUUGUUAUGCCAGUGUAGUAAUCAGAAAAACAGAAGAAGCAUCUAUGGAGAUCGGUUUCCUGAUGAAAACUUCAAGCUGAAGCACUAUGGCAUUGGCUGGGUCAGCAUGGCUAAUUCUGGCCCAGACACUAAUGGCUCUCAGUUCUUCAUUGCUGUAACAAAGCCUGGCUGGUUAGAUGGAAAGCAUGUAGUAUUUGGAAAAGUAAUUGAUGGAAUGUCUGUAGUACAUGAUAUUGAACUUCAGGCAACAGAUGACUAUGACCAGCCUCUUCAGGACUGUGUGAUCAUUAACAGUGGAAAAAUAGAUGUAAAAGAACCUUUUGUGGUUGAAGUAGAUGAUUGGAGAAGUUGACAGAAAUAGAAGCAACUGAGCAGCAAGCACGUCUGGUUAUCAUUGUGUGAGGCUUCUAUCAGAAAAUACUUUGCAGAGACUGUACAACAUGAUCUUGCAGGUAACAGAAAAUACCUGGGUAUUAAAUGAGGAAAUGCUAUGAUAUUGCCUUUCUAGGGUUGAUUUAAAGAGAUAUGUCUUUAUAGUAUUCAUUUUUAUAGUCCCUUGCUUUUUUGUUUAUUAGUAUCUUAUGAAUACUUUUUGAAUAUUAAUACUUAUUAAUAUU